UAAAAUAAAAAAUAUUAAAAGUAAGGAGCAUUGAGCAGCGUGGGGAUUCGAGGGAGCUUCUUCUUGGAUCUACCCUCUCAAGUUCGCAAAUAACCCCAAUUUUGUUUCUCUGCUUCUUCUCCUUUUGAAAUAAGAGAUGGGGUUGUCUUUCACUAAACUUUUUAGCCGGCUCUUUGCCAAGAAAGAGAUGCGUAUUCUCAUGGUAGGUCUUGAUGCUGCUGGUAAGACAACCAUCUUGUACAAGCUCAAGUUGGGGGAAAUUGUGACAACCAUUCCGACAAUUGGAUUUAAUGUGGAGACUGUGGAAUAUAAAAAUAUUAGCUUUACUGUAUGGGAUGUGGGUGGCCAAGAUAAGAUUCGUCCUUUAUGGAGACACUACUUCCAAAACACUCAGGGGCUUAUCUUUGUUGUGGAUAGCAAUGAUCGAGACCGUGUUGUUGAGGCUAGAGAUGAGCUCCACCGGAUGUUGAAUGAGGAUGAAUUGAGAGAUGCAGUUCUCCUUGUAUUUGCCAACAAACAAGAUCUUCCAAAUGCUAUGAAUGCAGCAGAAAUCACAGACAAGCUUGGUCUUCAUUCUCUUCGCCAACGCCACUGGUAUAUCCAGAGUACAUGUGCCACCUCUGGAGAAGGACUCUAUGAAGGACUGGACUGGCUCUCCAACAAUAUAGCUAACAAGGCUUAGGGGCAUUUUUGUGGAACGCUGCUAUCUUGCUUGGCUUUACGAUUAUAUUAUGAGGUUGACUGGUUGUUGCUUCUCUUAUAGCAUUAAAAUCUACGCUUUUUUCUUAAACUCUAUAAUGGUGUUGUCUUUAUUUAGGUGUUUGAUACUAUAUCAUAGCAAAUUCUAUUUGUUCCUGUAGAAUUUCUGAAUAAUUAAUGAAUUACGAAACUAUACAUGCCUGGAUCAUGUUUUUCAUAGAA